GAGACAGCCGGUGGAGCCUGAUUGGUUGGAGAGACUUUCCCAAACCCUCGGGGAACCCGAUCCCUGGGGCUGGGGAGGGAAGCCCGGCUUAGUACUUGAGCAUCUAUCAUCGCAGGGUCCCUGCCGUAGUGGUCUAUGUCUCUUUCCCGGGGUCAUGGAGAUACAGCGGCCACCUCGGCGGCGCCUCUGUCUGAAGAAGGGGAUGUGACCUCCGGCCUCCAGGCUCUGGCAGUGGUGGAUACCGGAGGCUCCUCUGCCUCGGCCAGUAAGGCCGAGGAAGAGGGGGAAGGAGGCCGGGAGGAGACCGAGCGUGAGGGGUCCGGGAGCGAGGAGGCGCAGGGAGAAGUACCCAGCGCUGGGGGGGAAGAACGAGCCGAGGGAGAAUCCGAGGACUGGUGCGUGCCCUGCAGCGAUGAGGAGGUGGAGCUGCCCGCGGAUGGGCAGUCCUGGAUGCCCCCGCCCUCCGAAAUCCAGCGGCUCUAUGAACUGCUGGCGGCCCACGGUACCCUGGAGCUUCAAGCUGAGAUCCUGCCCCGCCGGCCUCCCACACCCGAGGCCCAGAGUGAAGAGGAGAAAUCCGAUGAGGAGCAGGAGGCCAAAGAAGAGGAAGAGGAAAAACCACACAUGCCCACGGAAUUUGACUUUGAUGAUGAACCAAUGACACCAAAGGACGCCCUGAUUGAUCGGAGACGCACCCCAGGAAGCUCAGCCCGGAGCCAGAAACGGGAGGCCCGCCUGGACAAGGUCCUCUCAGAUAUGAAGCGACACAAGAAGCUGGAGGAGCAGAUCCUUCGUACCGGGAGGGACCUCUUCAGCCUGGACUCAGAGGACCCCAACCCCACCAGCCCUCCACUCCGGUCCGCAGGGAGCAGUCUCUUCCCCCGGCAGCGGAAGUACUAACUGCUGCUGCUAUUCCCACUAGGGUGCAGCAUGUGUACCUGUUGGGGCCAGGCCUUUCUUUCCUAACCCAGAAUACUGGGAAACUUGGGAAAAGACAGACACUCCGAGCUCCCAACACAGAAACUUGCCGAAAAGAGGGAGCACAUGUAUGUGUGUUUGUUUUCUGUUGACCUAUUCAGAGACCUGGACUGAAUUUUCUGAACCUAAAAUAAAAGGUGCAGAGUCAUCAUCUCUUAA